UAAUAAUAUAUUCAGUAUAUUUUACAAGGCUUAGUGAAUAGGCGGUCACACUAGCGACAAUGCAACACCAAAUGCCGGCGAAAAAAGAUAACAAAGUGCGUUAGCACGGUGAAAGUUGUAUUUACUGAAAAUUUAAAGUAGUCACACAGCUCAAAAUGAACGCACUUCGACACACGAUAUCCCUAGUAUCGCUGGGCACUUUCCAACUGGUUCGCAGGUCGCGGGGUCGGUAUUUGGGUGGCUUACUCCUCGGUACCGGCCUGGGCCUGGCCAGCUUCUCAUCGGUCACGUACGCCCAUGCAGCUGCGGAAGAGGGCAACACAAAGGUCAAGCUGGACAUCUCACGGUUCAUGGCCGAACCCAUUACGGACCCGAAGGUCCUACUCGAGGACAAGCAGAAUAUGCGCCACCGCAUGGAGCUGAUGAUCAUGGAGAUCCAGGCCGAGUUCUGUCGGGCCCUCGAGGCUGAAGAGAACUGUGGCCAAAAGUUCAAGGUGGAUCGGUGGCAGCGGGCUGAAGGCGGUGGCGGCAUCACGUGCGUUCUGCAGGACGGCGAUGUCUUUGAGAAGGCUGGCGUCAACAUAUCGGUGGUAACUGGUUCCCUGCCCCCGGCUGCCGUGCAGCAAAUGCGGGCCCGUGGGAAAAACCUGACAGAGGGCGCCAAGCUACCGUUCUUCGCGAGCGGUGUGAGUGCCGUGAUUCACCCUCGCAAUCCGCACGUACCCACCAUUCACUUCAACUACCGCUACUUCGAAGUGGAGCUGGCGAACGGUGAGAAGCAGUGGUGGUUCGGUGGCGGUACUGAUCUGACGCCGUACUACCUAAACGAAAAGGACGCCUCCCACUUCCACCAGACGCUCAAGUCCGCCUGCGACGAGCAUGACGCCACCUACUAUCCGCGCUUCAAGAAGUGGUGCGACGACUAUUUCCGCAUUAAGCAUCGCAAUGAGAGCCGUGGCAUAGGCGGCAUCUUCUUCGACGACAUCGACACCCCUAACCAGGAGGCGGCCUUUGGCUUUGUAACUGGCUGUGCCAAGGCUGUGAUUCCCUCGUACGUGCCGCUGGUGCGCAAGCACAAGAACCGGGAGUACGGCACUAAUGAACGCCAGUGGCAAUUGCUGCGCCGCGGCAGAUACGUAGAGUUUAACCUGAUUUAUGAUCGGGGCACCAAAUUUGGCCUGUACACGCCCGGAGCUCGGUACGAGAGCAUACUUAUGUCGCUGCCCCUACACGCCCGCUGGGAGUACAUGCACGAGCCGAAAGCCAAGUCCGAGGAGGGCAAGCUCAUGAAGGUGUUGAAGAACCCCAAGGAUUGGGUGUAAGCUGGUUAAAGAUUUUUACAUUUACAUGCGCGGGAAAUGGUGCCUUUCUUCAGUUAAUUUUAAAAAAAUGCAAUAUGUACAUACAAUGCUAUUAUAUUUCUUGUUUCAAAUAAACAUGACAACUGCUGAUGUUUGUUUCUAAAAAGA